GAGUCCUUGCAUAAACAAGAGCAUGAGAGGGCAGUCAGCUGCCAGAGGAUAAUCACUUCAGCCCAAACCCUGCUGUUUGUACUGUAAAGAUGAGCAGAAUUUCUGGAAUUCUGCGGCGUACUUUCGGAGUAGUACGCGAGCAUGUCGGGACAGACCACUUUGGCAAUAAAUACUACUGUAUCCCUGAACAGAAGUCGUGGACAGGAAGGCUGGUCCGUGCCAAGCGGAUGGUGGAGCCGGCCAAUCCUGCAGAGCAUGAAUAUAUGGAGGGCAGCAUUCCGAUGGAGUGGGAUGCUUGGAUCCGAGGCAGACGGAAAGAGCCCCCCUCCGUCGAGGAGCUAAUGGAGAACGAAUCACAGAGGGAGCAGAUCAAAGUGAAGGCCAGGGAGGUGGAGGAGAAAGAUCUGGCUCUACAGGCUAAAGAGUACAUGGAAGGUCUGGUGGCAACUCCUGCAAAGACUGUGAGCCAGGGCCACGCAGCUGCCACCAGCUUUGGCAAGCAGGAGAUCAGUGAGGAGCCAACCAGCACCGCCAACGCGUUUCAGCCUGGUUCCUGGAUGCCCUCCUCCAAGAAAUAGACUGAGACAUCAACAGAGACUGAAACAUCACUGCACUGUAACGCAAUCCACCAAAAAGCCCCCAAAAAACACGUUGAGGUUUGGUAUCUGAAACUCCUCUAUGACUCAAUCUGAGUCAACAACUUUUCUGCUUAUCUAACCUCCUGCCAACAGUGAUAAUUGAAUUAUUAACAGAGGAUAAUUGAACUACAAAAACUUCAAAUAAUCAUUGGUUCUUCUAUGGCAGUAAGUUGUUUCACAUCUUUUCUUUUCUAGAUGCAGUUGCUCAGCUAAAUGUACCUUUAUCUUUUCUCUCAAUGAUUCAGCAGUUAGUGCUGCUCUCUGUCCGAUAAACUUCUCGUGACUUGUAUUUAUUUGUAAAUGUCCAUUUUCUUUUUCAUUUAAGUCUUCUGUUGAGCUGUGAAUAAAUGCCAUCUGAUUCAU